AUGCAUAUCCAUGGAUAUGCCAUUUCACGUCGCUUUCCUCCUCGAUUGGCACAUCGUAUUGAGGGUGCAUAUCGUGCUCAAUCGGUCAUGCUCCUGUUCGUACUGGUUGAUAAAAGCGAAAAGCCGAACUGA